AUGUUAAGGCGUCUGAAGCAGAAUGUUAUGGUCAAGUUGGAAAUGGCCAAGCAAACUGAAUUUCCAGAAGAUGUUGUUCGCAUAAUAGAUUUCUGUGAUCAUAGCAAAGUCGAUGUUACUGCAAUCGCAAAAGCGGCAGAAUUGAUGAUUUCAAAUUUCAAAUCGAUUGGUAUGACCCCGUCUGAUGCAUUGGUUAACUCUUGCGCUGCCAUGUCAACAAAAUCAAAAAAUAAACACUUCAAAUCUGUAAUGCAGAAUGUUCAAGAAGUAAUAGGCGAAAUCGCAAAGGUGGAACGUUCUACUGCAGAACGAAUAGAAACAAGUUUUCUUGAAUCUUGGGCAAAAGUAUGGCUAAAGGAGGAUUUGAAAAAUUAUUUAGACGAUAUUGAUGAACUGAAGAAGAGAAGACUUGAUAAAGAUGGUUUAGCUCAAUCUGCUUGCAAGUAA